CACGAGAACAAAAUGGACUCGCAACUCCGCACGCACCCCACCACAUACGCAUACACGCACGCGUACUUCCCCCUAUUCUACGACCUCUGGGUAACGUCACUAUUCGGCACUGGAGCGGACGCCAUCUCGCCUCUGCUCUGCCGACUAUUCCCUCACACUCCCUCCCCCAAGAUCCUCGACAUCGGCACUGGCACUGGCGCCGUGAUCCGCGCCUUGCCCGCUGCCGCCAAUGGGGCGGAAAUCUGGGCGGUCGAUCAUUCCGAGGCUAUGCUGGCGCGCGCGAGGGAGACUACGCAGCGGGAGGUACACUGGGUGUGUGCUAGUGCUGCGAGUCUGCCGGAGGUGGAGGUGGACCUUGCGGUGUCUGCAGCGGGCGGGGUCGGGCAUCUCGUUGAUAGGGAGGAGAGGAAGGCGUUUUUGAAGGGGUUGGCGAGGGUGUUGAGACAGGGUGGGGUGGCGGUUGUUAGUGUGCUCCGUGACGAGGAAGAGGGGAAUGGGGAGGGGGAUGGAGCGCAGGCAGAGGUGCUCGCCUUGCAGAGCGAGGAUAGAAUCGUCUAUAAGAAGACGCCGACGACGGCGACGUGGGCGGGCGAUGUGAGGACAGAUCGGUUUGUGGUUGAGAGGUGGGUGGGUGGCGAGCGGCAGUGGAGGGGGGAAUGUCAGUGGAGUAUUUUGGCCAGGUGGGAUGAUGAGAGGUGGAGAGCGGAGAUUGAGGAGGCGGGAUUGAGGGUUAGCGAGGUUGUGGAUGGCGAGAUUCAGAGAUGGUGGGUUUUGGAAAAGCGGGAGUGAGUGGCUCUUGGCAGGUUUGCAGGUGGUAAAAGCAACUGUUCGGUUGAUUUUAUUACUAGGAACUGCAUGAUUUGCUGUAGCUCAAUUUCAUCUUGCAUUGCAAAAGUUUGGUUUGGAGACUCCUAGCCUGGUCGGG